CAUCAUUAUCAAAGCUUUUCAGUAUGAGUCGAAAUGGCCAAAAAGAAUACCGGGACCAAGGACGUGGGGAUAGACACUGAAUUGCAAGCAAACAAUAUACAGGCAUACCUUGGAGAAAAUGUGGGAACUGUUCCAGAGCCUGCAAUUAAGGUCGGUCGAGGAGGGAAGAGCGUGUGUCUGUGCUGGAGAAAGAGGAAAAUCUCCCUAGAGGUCUUGAAACCCCCAAGGAGUAGAGGCCCCAGCCGUGGAGCCCUGCAGUAUACAUGUGUUAACACCAUGUCUGUGCCCCUGCUCACCAACGCUGCCACUGUGUCUGGUGCUGAGCAGGAAACAGCUGCAGUUAUUUUUUUACAUGGACUUGGAGACACAGGGCAGAGCUGGGCUGAUGCCCUCUCCAGCAUCCGGCUCCCUCACAUCAAGUACAUCUGUCCCCAUGCCUCCUGGUUUGACCUGAUGGGGCUGAAUCCAGACACGCCAGAGGAUGAGGCUGGCAUCAAGAAAGCAGCAGAGAACAUCAAGGCCUUGACUGAGCAUGAAAUGAAGAAUGGGACCCCUGCCAACCAGAUCGUCCUGGGAGGCUUUUCACAGCGUGGAGCUAUGUCCCUCUACACAGCCCUCAGCUGCCCCCACCCUCUGGCUGGCACUGUGGCAUUGAGCUGUUGGCUACCUCUGCAUCAGGCCUUCCCCCAGGCAGCCAAUGGCAGUGCCAAGGACCUGACCAUCCUUCAGUGCCAUGGAGAGCUGGACCCCAUGGUUCCUGAACAGUUUGGGGCCCUGACAGCUGAGCAGCUCUGGUCCGUUGUCACACCUGCCAGGGUCCAGUUCAAGAUGUACCCAGGUGUCAUGCACAGCUCCUGUCCUCAGGAGAUGGCAGCCGUGAAGGAGUUUCUCGAGAAGCUGCUGCCUCCUGUCUAACCAGAGUUGCUGUCCCCCAGCACAGUCCCCCUGCUAACAGGGGACUCAGCAUGCAUGGCACCAUCUUGGAUCUGAGCCAGUCGAGCCCCUUUCUCACCCUUCUGGACCCAUCCUCUUCCCACAGGCCUCUGGGGCAGACAGGUCAAAGCCUGGCCAGGCCCUCGUUCCUGGCUUCAGCCCCUGCCUGUCUGCCGCAGGGGGUAGGCUGCUUUCUUAUCCCAUUUCCCUGGAGGUGGGGCCCUCCCUGCAACAGCAGUAUUGGAGGGGCUGUAGGCAGCAGGAGAAAGGGGCCCAGCCGCUGACCCACUCACUCAGGACCUCACUCACUAGACCCUCUUUGGGCCCUCUCUGGUGACCUUAGGGUUUGGCCCAUGGGGCCCUCCCAGGCCCCACCUCCUACCCUCUGCAACUGAUUCUGCCCAGAUAAUUGUGUCUCUUGCCUCCACUCCAGCUGCUUCUCAAUCAGGAAUGUGUCCAUGGCCCGACCUCUGACUGCUGUGGGCUCCCUGCCCUGCGCAGGAGUGUGGGAGAGACGGACAAGUCUUUCCAGGAAGCCUCCCCUCAGCAGUUCUGACGUGGAGGCUGGGCCCUGCCUCGCCAUUACUCUCCGCUCCCAUAGGCCUGGAGCCUGCAGGGCUGGACUGAGGCUCAAGGUCUCCCCCAGCUGCUCCACCCCAUGUUGUUCCCACUCUAGAUCUAGGGGAGCUGGGGAGAAGUCUUCUGUCUCCAUGUAGUUUGGGGUGUUUCUCUCGUUGUGUCCUGGAUUCCAAUAAAAUUAAAGAAAUUGCUUCAACUCUCAAAAAAAAAAAAAAGACUUGGGUCUUUGUCAUAUUCAUUCUCUGUUAUGAUAAGUUGUAAAUUAUGCCCACAGAUUUCUCCGACGCAUCUAUGCAAUGACCACUCUUGCUUCCAUCAAGAGGUUAUCGAUUUCCCCACCCUUUGCAUCUGGACUGUUAUUGUAACUUGAUUUAAUCUGCAGAAUGUGGCAAAAAUGAUGUCCUGUGACUUCCAAAACCAGACCUUAAGAGACAUUGCAGCUUCUGCUUUCACCUUAUUAUGAUGCUACCCCGAGGCCAUCAAAAAAGGAAAGCCAGUCUAACCUUCUAGAGAAUAAUGGUCACAUGGGAAAGAAACUAAGCUCCCAAUGGACACCACCAGAUGUCAGACAUGUGAAUGAAGCUACCUUGAUCUUCCAGUCCAACCAUCUUUCAGUUCAACCAUCUUUCAGCUGAAUGUUUCUGUACCAGUGAACUCAGGUAAAACCAGCAGAUAAACUGUCA